AUGCGUUUCAGCAACGAGACAACCUCGCCACGCGUCUCUCGCUUGCCAUUCGGCCUCUACGCUAAACACGGCCCGUUUAUCACGGUUACGGAGGCCUUCGCCACACAGUAUGUCUCCGUCAACACCAGCAUCCCUGUACCUUCCGUUCUCGACGUUCUCGUCGACUCCAGAGGCCCAUUCAUCCUCAUGACACGCGUUCCGGGGAAGUCCUUUCCUCAGAUGCCCCGCAACGCAAAUCAACUCACUGAGAGGGAACUCGAAGUGUUUUCGGCCAGUAUUCGCAAUUGGCUAACACAGCUGCGCAGCCUAGGACCCCCUCCCAGCGGUCAGGCGGUCAGCGGAUUUAUGGGCACGCCCUUCCUGAGUUACCGCAUAGAUCAUUGCAACUACGUAGGCCCCUUCGCGUCACCGGAGGAGUUCCACGCUCAGUAUUUCUGCACUCUACCUCCCGAGGCGGACCCGGAGAUUCGUGCCCUCGCGGAGCGCAUCCGCAAGAAGCCCUACCGCGUGUACUUCACGCACGGUGACCUAGCACCCAACAAUGUCCUAGUUGAUGAGAACUACGUACCCGUUGGGCUGAUUGACUUUGACUGCGCGGCGUGGAUGCCAGAAUAUUGGGACAUGACGACAAGCAUUUAUAUCCGACAACGGUACACUGGGUGGGUGCGUAUCCUGACGAGUGCGCUUCCGGGAUAUGAGGAUGAGCUGGCAGUGGAAAUGGAGCAGUGGAAGUACAUCUGUCCCUACUGA